CUAUCACAAAGGUAAACACGAACAAAGCCACCGUUGUAUUAUUGUUAUAUACUCGUAUUAUAUACUGUACUAAAAGAGGCUUGUGCGUGUUUAUGAAGUAGCAGGGUCUGGUGAGAGAGCUGCUGGCUCCUGUUACUGUGAAGAUCACAUACAAUACAGAUCACUGUGUUUGCUGGAAAAGGAGAAAUGUUAUAAUAAUAUCUGACAGAUUGAGUUGUGUUGAACAAGACAAUGUCUGAAAAGUCCAAGAACCAAAGCUCAGAGCUUCCUGAUGCACAUGGAGGGUGUCUAGAGGAAAACCCGGGCACCGGGCUAUUAAAUGUGAAGGAAGAUGAUGAGACACAUGACAUGAAUAGUCAUCAGACUGAAAUACAUUGCUCCCUCCCUGCCGAUGAAGAUAAAGCUGAUAUAGUGAAAGUUGAGAUAACAGAAGAUCUGUGUGUGAGACAACAGCUGGAAGCACCAGAUGAGGAAACCAGUGACAAUUUUAGCCAAGGCGGUAUGGAUGUGACGCCUUCAGAUGGCUCAGCAGUUGAGCACGGAGGAGAACCGUACGUGUGUGAUCACGUGAAGACUGAGGAGGAUGAAGUUCCUAUAAAUACGGCUACAGGGGAUGUUAAGACUGAAGUCACACUUAUUACUGAACAGCCUAAUGAUCUGGAAGCUGUGAAGCAGGAAUUCAGUUACAAUAUCAAUACAGGGGAUUUUAAGACUGAAGUCACACUUAUUACUGAACAACCUAAUGAUCUGGAAGCUGUGAAGCAGGAAAUCAGUUACAAUAUCAAUACAGGUGAUAAGACUGAAGUCACACUUAAUGUUGAACAAACAAAUGAUCUUUAUGUAAAGAGUCAGCUUAAAGCUGUGAAGCAAGAAAUCAGUGACAAUCUCAGUACAGGUAUACUUACAAACUGCAGUAAUCCUAUUCAUGACCAGAGUGCUGAUACUUCUUUUAAUCUUCUUCAAAAUCAGAGAAGCCACAAGAAAUACUUAUGUUCUGAAUCUGGAAAAUGUUUUACGUUGAAAUCAUCAGCUCAUCCUGUGAAAAUUCAUACAGAAAAGAAAGUAUUUUCAUGUUCUCACUGUGGAAAAUGUUUUACUCAGAAAUCAGAUCUCAUAAAUCAUCAGAAAAUUCAUACAGGAGAGAAAGCAUUUUCAUGUUCUGAAUGUGCCAAAUGUUUUACUCUAAAAUCAAAUCUCAUUAAGCAUCAGAUAAUUCAUACAGGGGAGAAAGCAUUUUCAUGUUCUGACUGUGAGAAAUGUUUUACUGAGAAAUCACAUCUUAUUAGGCAUCAUAAAGUUCAUACAGGAGAGAAAGCAUUUUCAUGUUCUGACUGUGGGAAAAGUUUUACUCAGAAAUCACAUCUUAUUAGACAUUUUAAAGUUCAUACAGGAGAGAAAGAAUUUUCAUGUUCUCACUGUGGAAAAUGUUUUACUCUGAAAUCAACUCUUAUUAGGCAUCAGAUAAUUCAUACAGGAGAGAAAGGCUAUUCAUGUUCUGACUGUGGGAAAUGUUUUACUCGGAAAUCAUAUCUUAUUACUCAUCAGAAAAUUCAUACAGGGGAGAUAGAAUUUUCAUGUUCUCACUGUGGAAAAUGUUUUACUAUGAAAUCAAGUCUUAUUAGGCAUCAGAUAAUUCAUACAGGAGAGAAAGGAUUUACAUGUUCUGACUGUGGGAAAUGUUUUACUCGGAAAUCAUAUCUUAUUACUCAUCAGAAAAUGCAUAUUAAAGGAAGUCUGUGAAAUCAGCGCUUAAGAGGAUGGCACAGUUGUCAUCUGCACAAUGUCUAUAGUACUUCAAUGUCUAUAGUACUUUUUAUGACUAGUUUCAUACAAGGGAGCCCCCAUGUGCAGAUCAAAGUUAGAUAAAAAUACACAAAGACCCUUAUUUAUAUGUUGAUAAAUGUAGGUACUGUUUGAGGACAUUAUAGUAAGCUGAUCUCUGAGGUGACAGUGUUUCUCUAGAUGGUAUUUAAAUUGACCGUGUGUAUAAGUUAACAUUGGCUAUAUAUAAAAUUUACAAAUGCUCA